AUGCUGUUUUUCAAGCUCCCAAAUUAUGCUUACGAAGAGAGAGUUCAGUACAGUAGAACUUCUAGCAGAGAUUAUUUUGGUGCUGCAGGAGGAGCUUUGAGGGCAACUCCAUCUAGAUCGAUGGAGAAACCUGGUCUAAAAGAAGAUGGCCAGUUGGGAGAAUUGUCAGCCGAAAGACGUCUGAAAUCUGACAUUCACUCGUCGCCGUUGCAGCUAGUGGAUAAGUCCCCAUCAUCGAGUACCGAUUGGAGACGCUUCACUAGAUCUGAUGUAAGGCAGAGUUUUGAUUUUGAAGAAUCAACAUAG